CAUCCAGGGCUUCUUACCGCCCCUCUGUUCGGCUUGCUCCUGGGCGAUCUCCCGUUCCCGUCUCCAUGGCGUCGCUCCUGUGCUGUGGGCCGAAGCUGGCCGCCUGCGGCAUCGUCCUCAGCGCCUGGGGAGUGAUCAUGUUGAUAAUGCUCGGAAUAUUUUUCAAUGUCCAUUCUGCAGUGCUAAUCGAGGACGUUCCCUUCACGGAGAAAGACUUUGAGAACGGCCCCCAGAACAUAUACAAGCUUUAUGAGCAAGUCAGCUACAACUGCUUCAUCGCCGCGGGCCUCUACCUCCUCCUGGGAGGCUUCUCUUUCUGCCAAGUCCGGCUCAAUAAGCGCAAGGAAUACAUGGUGCGCUAGAGCAGGGUCCCUGCUGCCCUCGCCAGCCCCGUCCUCUAUUUAUAAGACUCUCCCCGGCCCAGGUCACUGGCGCGCUCUGCGGGACUGGGUGCCCCCCACCUCGGCCAGUCUUGAACCCCUGUCCGCCGGCCUCUGGCAGCCCCAGCGGAGGGAGCCUGGGUUGGCCGCCCCCUGGCUCCCCAGCCCUCCCAGCCUCGUCCCGUACCACAAUAAAGAGAAGCUGCUCUCUUAAAA